UGGGAAUUUAUGACUUCAGUCUUCCAGUCAACGUUUCUGUCCGUUAAAAAGAAGUAAAGCUGCAUAAGCUUGAUAAUCCGGUUAUACGUAUUAAAAACAAUCUAUGGAAGGUAAUGUCAUUCCAUCUGCGAUAAAUCAGUGUUGAUAAUGAUGUAUAAAAGAACCUGAAUUUCAACAUUUGUAUUUAUAAUAUUUAGAAGAACGGAUGUCACGUGGACGAUGGGACAAUAGACGCGUGUCAAGUAUGAUGAGAUCAAUUACACGAUGUAAAUAACACGCUUAAAAUUAUUUAGGUUACCGGAUAAUAAAAUAAGUUUAGAAUUACCGUAAUGUAAAAAUUGCUCUCAUUACGCAAAUACACUUCGUUAUGUAACUUGAAUAUAUUUCGAAAUGCAACGACGCUGUCCGCCAUGCUGGCGUCUGCGAGAUUCAACGUUUUCUGUCAAAAAUGAUUAGUUUUCAAGUAAUACGAUGAAAAGGACCGACUAGCCGGGUGAAGUAAAACGUUGAUCGUUAACGUAACUCGAUUAAAAUUUCCUGAAUUAAAAGUUUCAGUCAAGAUAAAGGAGUACGGUAGAAAUUUCUCCUCUGGCAAGACAUGGGAGCCCGUGAAUGGUGCCAGUCGCGACAUGGCGGGUUUUCGAGAAGAGGAUAAAGCGCUAUUUCCCAUUCAAAGCAUAUCUUCGAUAGUAGAAAUAUUUAAAAAUCAAUUGGAAAACAGCUCGGAGCCGGACUUGGCGUUGUUGUCAAUACUCGUUGGUGCGGUUGAGAAUUCUUUGACGUGUAAUCGGACAUUUGCGUCGCAAGAGACCGCUGUUUACGACGAGCCGAAACUUCCAGCGGUAGAAUUUCACAUCGCCGAAGCUUUGUACACGAAAUUUCACGCGGUUAUUAAAGGAGCCGUCGACCUCACAGUUUACGACACUAAAUACGCGACCAGAGAGCUUGUCAAAAAAGUCUCAGAUGUCAUAUGGAAUUCCCUGACACGCAGUUACUACAAGGAUCGAGCGCAUCUUCAAAGUUUGUACAGUUACUUGACAGCUAACAAAUUGGAUUGUUUCGGUGUCGCUUUCGCCGUCGUUGCCGGCUGUCAAGUCUUGGGAUUCAAAGAUGUUCAUCUUGCUAUGUCCGAAGACCAUGCAUGGGUUGUAUACGGCGAAGACGGUGUCGAGACUGCUGAGGUCACAUGGCACGGGAAAGGGAACGAGGAUAAACGCGGUCAGCCAGUUGAACCGGGGAUUGCAUCUAGAUCCUGGUUAUACGUCAAUGGUCAAGCAGUUGUAUGUUCACGAACGAUGGAAGUUGCUACAAUUGUUUCUGCCAUAAAUCCAAGUCUCAGUGCAACUGCUGAUGCGGCUGAAGUGGCUCUACUGCAACAGGAAUUAUUGUGGUUAUUAUAUGAUCUGGGACAUCUGGCAAAGUAUCCAAUGGCACUCGGAAAUCUCGGAGAUUUGGAAGAAGCCGCUCCUACACCUGGCAGGCCGCCUGCCGUUCACUUGUUUCAGGAGGCUGUCAGAUCAGCGAGAAAAUAUUAUGGCAAUGCGCAUGUUUACCCAUAUACUUAUCAAGGAGGAUAUUUAUACAGGCAUGGGUUACACGCAAAUGCACUUGCGUCGUGGGCUGGUGCAGCAGAUGUUCUGAGAAAGUAUGAUUAUUCGAGAGACGAUGGUGAAAUAUAUAAGGAGCUACUUGAAAUAGCAAACGAAUUGAUACCCCACACAGUCAGGGCAGACGAGCGACUUCUGCGACAACCGCGCUGCUUUGCUUAUCUUCUGCGUUUUUAUGAUGGCAUAUGUCAGUGGGAAGAAGGUGCGAAUACACCAGUUUUGCACAUUGGUUGGGCAAGACCGUUGGUGAAUACAAUAUCGAAGUUUGAUGCGAAUAUCAGAGCUCAGGUUAUCAUAGAAUGUUAUGAUGCGGAUCAGAAGUCUGAAGAGGAUAAGGCGCAAAAGCGGGAAGCAAGUAUUGACGAAGCGCUGAAUAACAACAACAAUAAUUAUUGCAAGACCAAGGAAAGGGGUAACACAGCUCGCGAUUUAAUAAAAAGUCUCGAAUCAAAAGUCCCUGCAACUCCGGCGCCGACGCAUCCGAGUAUUCAAGCUCUGACUGCCGCAUGCAGUGAAAAAAUACUAAAUAGGGAUUACCUGCUACAAGGAGGUGGGGAACCGUUUGUAGCACCGCCGGAAAACGCUUUGCCUGUUGAACCAUCCACAUCGCAGGAACAGCUUGAUCCUGAAAUUGAAAACGAUCUGGAAAAUGAGAAGCCGAGAAUAACUUUAUACAGUCAGAAAAUGAAGGGCCUAAAAGACUUGUUACUUGCCGAAAAGUUGAACACGCAUGCAAUAUCGUUGCAACUAACCGCCCAAAGCCAGGUACAAAUUGGUAAAAAAGGUAGAGGUAGUGACGAAGGUGUUAGUCAGCGUCCAAAAAGGACGCGCAGGGAGUAGCAUUGGCAUACAUGUUUUGUAUGAUUGAAUAUUAAGAUACAGUAUCUUAUAUCUUCCUAAGAAAUCUCUUAACGACAAUGAUAAUAGAAGCAAUCGAUGCGACGAAUCAAUGAUAUCCGUUCUUAACUAUCAAUUAUUACAGUGAAAUUCAUUGAUAAACUGGUAUCGACAUGGUUGCAAAUUCAAAUAUCACGUUGUUCAUACGGAGUUCAUUUUUUGUUCUGAUCAAUAAUUAAUUUGAACAAUGUAUAUUCAAAUGGAUUCUUGAACUGGUCCGUCACAUCGUUUGGUAGUAUGAAUUGAUACUCUAUUAUCUGUUGGUGGUGCAUAAUAAUUAUACAAUCCAAUGUAGGUUUAUUCAGCCCCUAAAGAUAGGAUGCUUACAUUACAGAUGAAAUAAUAAAUAUUAUUAUUAUCGAUAGGUGUAGGUAGUGUAGAAAAUGUUGAGAAAAAAAUUUUGUAGGAGAGUACAAAAAAGUUAUUUGAUUUUCGAGUCAAAUGAAAAAUAGGUGCUUGUGUCAUGUCUUUUUAUGUGAAAUUAAUGAGGCCUAGUUAAGAUUAAGAAAGAAAUGAUUUGUAAGUAUUGUAAGAAAAAAAAAAAAAAAAAAAACGAAACAAAAGAGAAGAGAAACAAAGUAACGUUAAAUUUUUCGGAGUAAAAUACUUGUGGAAAAUCUCGUUUGUAAGUGAAAAAUGACUGACAAAAGUUUCGGGCAAGUACAAAGUGCUACUUUGCGAUGGAGUAUUUAAUCGAACACCAAGUUCACAUCGCGUGGUAUUAAAUUGCUCGUUACUCGGAACCUAGAUAAUAAAAAGAUUUGACAUCUGCAUCUGUAAAUAAAAAUAAGGUACUAUGCUACCUGUUCUAUUAAUCACAAUGAUUGCUCAUCGGUGAUGAUGGAUUCACACACUUAUUAGUCUAUUUCUAUUUUCUUGUUGCACUUUUGCUUAUUUAUUGAUUCAAGUUUCUCUAAUUAUCUAUUGCACUAUUAAUUAUGAUUAACAAGUUAAUGUUAAUGUUUUUUACGUGAAGUAGAUGAACUUUUGUUAGACUUACGCUUUUAAAAUCUAGUACGAACGAUAGAAAGAGGUAAAAAAAACCUAAAACUACAACAUUCCACUCCAUAGGUGGUGCAAAAUGAUUAAUUUUAUUUAACUAAGGUAUUUUAAGCAUCAAAUGCUCGCUUAUUUUUAUAACUAUUUAUUUCCAGAGUAAUUAUGAGUAUUUUUAGAUUAAUUGUAAUUUUUAUUUCCCGGCUCUUUUAUUGCCACAGAAUUACUUGUAGCUUGGAUAUUAAUUUGAAAAGCUCGUAUAAUAUAUUUCUACAUACUCAUUCGAUGAUCUGAGGAUAGAAAUAGAAUUUCCAAUGGAUACCUUGACUAAUUCAUACGCAACUUUCUUAAGCUUUGAAGCGCAUAGUAGGGAAAACUGGAUUUUAUUACCAGUUAGAGAAUAUUUAGUUUCUUAUAGAUACUCGAAGAGAGAAAAAGGUUUAAAUACAUCAGCAGUCCUUAACGCAUCUUGUAUACAACUAAUUCUCACCUUCAAAUGUUUGAGUGCAGUAUUUUACGAAAAUAUCCAAUAGAGUAGCAUAUGAAUCAAGUUUUGGUAACUGCGUGUUAUUCUUUGCCAGCGUUAGACUUUGAUAGAGAAAAUCUGUGUUUCUAAUUGAUUCCUAUUUAAUGUGCGGAUGAUGAGAGGCUAUGUAUUUACGUAGAAAAAAAUUCAACCAAAAAUUCACUCAUUUUUAAAUGUAAAUUACAAUAACUGUAUAACCAUGAUAUGCGAAAUGUCAUAAUCAAUUAAUCUGUAUUUCACCAUGCGAUUUACAAAAAGUGAAAAAUCGAAAGUCAUCCUCCAUAGCUCAUAAGCUACUCUAAUAAUAUUGAAAUUGUGUAUGAUUUACGACACCUUUUGACCAGGAAGUUAAUAAUCUUACUGAAUAUACUGGUAUACGUAUGAUAUAUUUAUCAAUACUAUCUAGAGUCAGUUUUCAGGCCAUACUGUUUGACAGGUAUUUAUCAGGCGCCAGCUGAAUUCUGUUGGCUUUAUUUCUUGAUGUAAACAAAAAGCUUGAUAGGAAUUUCCAAGAUUUUUGUGUGCAAAAAAGUGGUCGUGAAUUUACCAAAUAAUUUGGAAUUUGGUAUUGAAAAAUGACGAGAGAGUAUAUUAUCAAAGAAUAUUCAAUGGAUUUUAACGAUCAGUACAAUUGAUGACAGCUAAUAAUUUACAGUUGGCAACUGGAAGCAAAAGAAUUUGUAUAUACAAUAAUUCGUUGCAAAGUGGGUACAUAAUAGUAUUAUGUAGCAUCUUUCCUUAAUUACCUCGAUGAUUCUUGAACUGAAAUACCAUUUACGUAACUAAAUGGAGGUGAAUUUCCAUGCUCGACAAAUGUACGUCAUGACAUUCUUAUUUUAAUUUUUUUCUUUCAUCUAUGAGUAUCAUGAGGUAUUCAUUUUAUAAGGUUUGAGAGGUUGUUGAAGUAUGGUUUGUUAAAUGCGAAGUAGAGUAAAAAGAUCCAAUAAAAAGAUCAAUGGUCACAUAAUAUUGAAAGGCGCUAUCUUACUGUGAUGCAGAAUAUGCUAUAUUAUACUAGUGAUCAUAGUAAUAAUAUAGGAAAUAUAUUAAAUAUGAAUUGUCUUAAUGAUGAACUGUCGCUUUAUCCUGCAGCAAAGAGUCUCUGAGUACAAAAUUACAAAUGACACGCCUGUAUAUGAAGCUUUCUUCGUUGGAAGAUAUUAAUUCAAAACUUCAUGCACUGCUCAUUUCUUAAUUUUCCGACAAUACGAUACUGUUUGGGCAAAUCGUGUUCCCACUUAAAAGUACUGAGAUGGAAGAUAUGAUGGAAUUGAGAAAUUGUGAACGCUUAGUUUCGAAUAUAGUUCUUCCGACGAAGACAUUCGAUUGAUGUAAUGAACUGAUUUUCUAUGUUUAGUGGAUAAACUUCUAUUUUUAUUUUGCGAUCUCUUGAAGUUUUUACUUUUUCACAAGAAGCAUAUAUUACCUGAUGUUACAUUAGCAAUUCGCACAUUAGAUUCAACAUUAUAUUCAUAAUACUUUAUCAUGCAUAUUCAACAAUGCAUGAGAAAAGAUGAAAUAAGGCAGUAAAUUGUCAUGCAUCUCGUCAAAGAAGAGACGCUAUGAAAAUUGCUUCAAGAUAUCGCGAAUUUAUAAACCAAAACAUUUAAACCCUGCAGGUGAGAACUGGUGCAUAAUAUGUAGCAUGAAAUUUGAAAAAAAUCUAUCAUGUAGUAAAAUAAUUAGCAUUAGUUGCUAAAUGGCACUCACUGGAGGAAAAAAAUAUAUGAAUUUUUAACGCACAGUACAUUUGACUGUUUUUGGCAAAAUAUUUGCUAACUGUUACGUAGAAUCAGCUCCUACACAUUAUAAUAGUUGUUAAAUAUUUUGUACAAGCAUUAUAUCUUCUUCCAUAUUAUAACUUAUUGUAUACGAAAAAACAAUAUGACAAAAAAUUAAUUUAGCGCUUGCAAAAGAUGUUCAGUAAUUGGAAAAUUCAACUUCGUUGCGAGCCAUUGUUAAUUUCCAAUUAGGGUAUUUCAUAACAAUUUCAAUAUGCAUAACUUGAUAUUUGCAAUGGUGCGAAUAUUUCUAUAUACGUAUGAUAUACCUAUAAUGGGAGUAGGCUACUUAUGCACAUUUAGGUUGUGUAUUAAGUGUAGUAAGAAAUAUAUUUGACUCGAGUAUGCUGCGCGCCAUUCUCAGUAUUUGAUGUUACAUUGACUAAUUUAUUAGUAAAUGGUAAAUGUGAAGGUGUUAAUGUGCAUAAUACUAGCAACAUAAAAAAAUGAAAAAUAUGGUAAACAAAACAGUAUUUUUAUAUUAGCAAAGUAUAAACGUGAACUUGGCUUUUUAGUUGGAUUGAAAUUUUUUUAGCAAAAUUGUAAUACCGUGAGCAAUUUUUUUUUUUUACUGUUCUGUGUAUAGUUAUGACAAAUGUUAUCCAUGAACAUCAGCUAACAAUGCUUCGAAUUUUUAAUUCAAAUUCAAUUUACUUUAUACGUAUUUGUACAUUUUAAUCAAUAUAAUGUAUAUUGAAGAAUAUCAGAGGCAAAUUUAGAAUAUCUUAGAGGCACAAAAUAUGAAUUAUAUUAUAACAUACCUACUUGUACCAAUAAUCUCUUUCGAUAUUUUUAUUAUCUUUUAGAUACGACGGUUGUAUAAUUAAUACUAUUACGAAUACUAUAUUAUUUUAUUCCUUGAAAAUUGAGUGUCUCAUGUUACUGAGCCAAGUCCGCUCAAAUAUUGAUUUGAUUUCGACAAUGAAGUGUUUGGCAUAAUUAAAACCAUGCAAAAAUGUAUACAUAAAUAUUCGUCGAAAGUACUUCUUACUGUCAGGAAAAUAUUCAAAUUCCAUUGGGCGAUGCAAAGACCAAAAUCAUAAAAUUUUGACUUCUGAUUCCUCCAGUACUUUGGGUUUGUCGGAUGAAAAAAAGUUGUUCAAUAACGCGAUGAAAAAAAACAAAAAAACGAACUGCCGUGACUGAUAGAUUAUGAUUUUUCGUCUAAUUUAUUUUUUCUAUUUUGUAUUACCCGUUUCAUUAUUCUUACAUAACUGAUCACCCCGCUAUUUCUUUUCUGAUACCUAGGAGCCAACAGAAACUGUUGUGUGCCAUAAACUGUAAUUUUUAAUUUAAUAAUAAUAAUAAUGAUAUUCCAUGUAACAUGUUACAUGAAUCAAAUUGUUGAACAUCUAGCUUAUUGUUUCCAACGGUAUUUCUGUAACUGGAAUCUAUUCAAUGGGAAUUAUUUUAUUUCCCCAGGAAUAAUUACUACUUAAUUGUUGUUUGCGCACAAAUUGACCUAAUAUAUCACCUAUUUGGUUCGUUAUGUCGGCCGACUUGUAUUUGAGAAAUGUAAAUAAGUAAUGCUUGAAAAUUUGGAUAUUGUAUAGAUGUAUAAUACGAGUGUUAGUAUACCGAACAGAGAAAUACGUAUACCAAGCUGAAUACAUCGGCUCUUUGUUGAUGGAAUCUGUUGAACUAAAUUUUUUUUAAAGCAGAAUAUUCGUUUACUCGUGAUGAAAAGAAAAUUUCGAAAACUACAUGCAACAAAAUUAUAUAAUCGCUAAAUUUCAGGGUUAAAAUCGAAUAAUAAACAAUGAAUGUAGCAUGUGCGUUCACUGAAGUUUGAUGCGGCAUGCAUAUUUUUGUAUUGAAUUUGCUUCAUCAAGCUGCUUUAAAAAUAUUUUUACUGACUUAUGGAUCGCUGAAGAAAUGACGUAAAGUAUUGCAUCUAUAUUUUAUCUCGGUCUUCGAGCUGUUAUUAAAUUUAAACUACUUAGAAUUUCUCAACUAAUCGUCAUAACUUCCAUAGAGAAAAACUUAUUAGAAUCAAAGCCACUAAGAUAAUGCAAUUCAAUAAUUCAUUUCAGUUACGAUCUUUCAUGUACUUAAAAUGCUUGAUUUCAAGCUGCAUCAGUGAUACAUUAAUAGUAAUAAUGAUGAUUCUGAAAUCUGCAAGUGCAAUCUGUUUGCGAUAAGAAGAAGUGACUUUAUUCUAAUAAUACUUUCACAUUGUUCGUAAUGUAAUUACAACUCUUACUGAAAAAAUUGAACCAGAAAGAAAUUGGAAGCUACGUAGCAAAGUGAUGAAGAAAAUUCACAUUGAGCCAUGCUACUGAAAACAAUCCUUCUUCCCAUCGCUGCAGGGCAUUCAUAGAGCACCAUUUCAAUUUCAGUCCAAUUUUGAAUGGAUUUGUACUGUAUAUCUCCUGUUACUUGGUGGUGGCAGUAAAGUAAAUGAAGAAGACCUUUAUUGUUAUUUGCUUUGAUCCGUUCUUGAGACUUGUGGAUGAAGUGGUGCUCUUUGUAAAGUGUGCAGAUUUUAUGUUGAUUAUCCACACAUUGUUAAGAAACAUAACACUGAGUUGUAAAAAAUAUUAAAAAUAUGUCUUGUUUUUCUGUGGAUCAUAAUAAACUAUUUUAUUCUAAAUUGAUGACGUGUUCAACCAUUAUUCCAAUAGAAUAAUCAAGCCUCACAUUGUCUUGGAUUGUGGAAGAUUGAUCCUUUUUUUUUAAGAUGUAGAGGAUACAUUAUACAUUUAUUGUAUCAUUUACACAAUUUCAACAGAUGAUGUCUUGUCUAUUUCAGUAAGCGGUAAACAAAUAAUAUGAAUCGAUGUUGAAUAUAUAUUAUUAUCAUUAUUAUUACUAUAAUUAUUAUUUGUAGGCACGAGGAAUGUCCAGAAAUAGCAAUUUUUGUGACAUAAAAGUUAUGAGUCUCUAACUAGAAUAAGGAUUGAUUACAAUAUAAAAGAUUUAAAUAAAUUACAAUAUUAAUUAGGGUAAUUCUUAAUGUAAUAAGUAAUAUUUGGUCAUUGAUCGCUUUUAUACUAACAUGAAAAGCUAAUGAAUAGUAAUUCAUUCGAUUCAACCAAACCCAUCUUUUUACGUGCACAGAAUUUAGUGAUGGUGGGUAAUAAUUAUAUGAACAAAAUCAAA